ACUUUAACUGGGACGUUCCGCAAGCCAUACUAAUACUUUAAGAAAUCCCAUAAUAGACGUUUCCUCCCUUCGGAGCUCACCAAUGCAUCUAAAGAGCACCAGCCGACUGUACUUAGCAAUACUCCGGGUAAUUUUACAUUGGAGAUCAUAUGCAACAUGGAGGAGCUCGAUCAGAUACUCACGGAUGUUCGCCAGGGCUGCGGCCAAGUACCCAUCUACAAGUAUAUGUUUAAACAACUGCGCCAACGGUGCACCGAAACCGUCCUUGCGAUUCAAGAUUUGGACGAAUCCUCGAGUCCCCCACCGGAAGAACAAGCUAGAGUCUUGCACUCCCUUUAUGAGUUAUUUAAGAACGUAAAAGAGUCUACGCAUUCCUGGAACCAAUUGGGCACGAUAUUA